AUGACGAAUGAAGGUGAGAUAUGUAGCUUCUGCUUGGGAGGAAAUACUGAUGUUCCUCCCUUUGGUACCAGUAAAGAUGCGGAAGCUUUGAUUCAUCCAUGUUCUACAUGUUCACUUGUGGCGCAUAAGAAAUGUCUAUUGGACUGGUUCAAUUCAUUACCGUCAGAUAAACUUCAUAUCGUUGAUUCUCAAUCUUUAGAUGGUGUUGAGUCUAUAAGACGACCUAGAAGUGACAACGGGAAUGAUAAUACGGACUUAGAUCAAGCAGCAAAUGAAACCAGAAUUCAUAUCAAUAUAUCGGCGCAUCUGUUAAACAAUUUAAUUGCAUCAUUGACUACUGGGAUCGGAAGUAAUACUACCCCUAUUCCAUCAUCUAGUAGGCAUGGAGAUGAAUCAGAUAAUCUGAGAAGCAUUGUCACAUUCUUUUUAGCCCCCUGUCCGCAAUGCAAAGAGGAUAUUGUAUUUAGCAUGAGAUCAUCUACCUCCCUUGCAUUUAACUCGGCUGUCAAAAAUCUAUUAGCAAGGAGCAUUCAGUACGGGGGGCUCUUCCUUGGAUUUACCUCUGCCAUAACUGGUAUCGUGUCGAUGGGCUACAUUGGACUUACAACUUGCGGAUUGAAAAUGAUGGAUUGCCUAAUUCCUGGGCCAUUGUUAGUCAAAAUGUUGACUCGGAAGUCAGGGAGGUAUUCGCCCUCCAAUUAUUCAACUCUUUCACAAAUUCUACUUGGCAAUGUGAAUAGUUAUUCUAUUGAUAACUUAGAGCAAGCACUUUUAAAGGGAUUGAUUGACCCUUUAAAAUUCUCCAGAAUCCCAGUUUUACCGCUUGUUCUCUAUCGAAUGAGAUCCUCGUCCAUCACAUCGUGUAUUUUUGGUAGCUCGAAAGAUACCGUCUUAAAUAACUGGCUAACGGAGUUUAUGAUUAGUGGUUAUAUAUCGUCGUUGGGGAAUCACGAACUACUUAAGGGUGUGUUCAAGAAUUUCAGAUUUAUAAUUAGGAGAAUUCUUCAAGAUCCAAAGUCAAUUAAUCAGGGCUUUCCCUUACUCGAAAAUAUUGAUUUGUUGAGAGCAAAUAAUAUAAUAUCAAUGUUGGUUCCUAUCAGAUGGGCAUAUGAUUUACUUUCGCGUCUUAUUCUUAAUCGAACACAUUUUAAGAUAGUCAUGAAAAUACGACCCAGGGAGAUUGCCAACAGUGUCAGUCCUAAUGAGUUAGAUUGUAUGGAAGAUCUAGGUGCCCAGCUCGGUACGUUGGAACUUGAAUAUAGGGCCUUAAAGCUGGCUGUUUACAGAAAGAUUGAAUCGCAGUAUAAGUCUACACAUUCUUUACCUUUGAUUACUUCGAUUCAUAAACUCUUGACGAAAGGCUUCUUAUUAUCUAGGAUAUGCAUUGGCAGAAAUUAUUUGUAUUCUUUCUUGAAAUUGAAAUUGCUCUUGUGGCUACAUGAGACUAAAGCGUGCCUCAAAAAAGAUUACUCAAGUUCUUUGAUGUCUAAUUCGAUUACCAUAAGAGCUCUUACAACAGUUUUGUGGCCAUUUGUGAGUUCUAAGGUUGGCAGUAUAACCCUUGACUUGGCCCUUAAGUACAGCGGAUUAUUUAACAGUGUCCCAAAAGAGAAGGUGACUCUUUUAUGUAACGCUAUAAGCUUGGUGGCUGUAGUCUUAGCCAAAGAUAUUUUUAAUUUGUAUUUAUGUGACAGGAAAGCUAAGCAGCUUUCUCAAAUGCGCAUCGUGUGCGUCGAUCCGAAGAAUGAUGAAAGUUCAAGCGAACCAAGAAACGAGAAUCAUAGUGCAAAUUUUCCAGGUCACUAUCCAAAUAAUGAUUAA